AUGGACAUGUCCAAAUUCUGGAUCUUGAUCCGGUCCUCUCUGGAGCUCUGGGCUCUCUUCGAGCUGGCCUUCUGGAUCUACUGCAGGUGGAAGAAGCGCAGCCUGGAGGCCAGGCGCGCCUAUGCCCCGAACGUCCUCUGGAAGCCGCAAGGCGAGAGGAUGCGUUUGUUGGAGAACUUCUUGUCCAACACG